AUGUCCGAAUCUAAUGAAGUUAAUGCUCAGUCAAAAAUUAAAGCGCGACUUUUAUCAUGCAAUCUUUUUUUGAGACCUCCACUUAUCAAAAAUAAUUACAGUGACUAUAAAGAAGAUAGACUCGCGUAUUUUAUCGAUAACGUAUUAGCUAAUUAUGAUAUAAUAUGCUUAGAAGAAAUGUUUAGCUUUGGAAGCAGUCGUCGUACUCGACUAUUGGAAGCUGCUGAUAAGGCAGGGUUCAAAUAUUCUUUGACCUUGCCUUGUAAGGUUGAAUUCAAAAUAGCAAUUGAUGGUGGGUUAGUCUUGUUGAUUAAAAAGGAACUUCCUUUGAAGGGACCCGUAAAAAUGAUGUCAUUAGAUAAAUUAAUGGCAUAUAAUCAACCUUACCAUUCCUUGUCAACCAGAAAGCGGAAAACGCUGAGAACAAAGACAUUUAAUAUCGCUUGUUCACCACCAUAUAAAGAAUCAGAUGUUUCAUCAUCUCGUAUUGAGAACGUUUCUGUUUAA